AUGUUCAAGGACAUGUUCGGCGGCGUCGCGGUCGGUCCCAAGGAAAUUCAUCUCCCCAUCGCUGGCCGCUACAUCGACCUCUUCAUCCGCGCUCUAUACCCCGAUCGCCCUCCUGUCAGGCACAACAUCAUCCAAACGAAGGAGACGAUCGAACUGCUCCUCCGGUACGACUGUAUCGUCCCUGCCCAACGCUUCCUCUAUCUGCAAUGCAAAUGGCUCGAGCGGAGCGAGCUCUACGAUGCCCUGGUCCUCGCCUCACGACUCGACCAUCUCCCCAGCGCCUGCCGUAUCAUACCUCUGGGGUACAAGUGGUAUCGGGACCAGCCGGGGGAGGGACUGCCUCUGUGUCCCAAUAGCGGGAAGCGGCCAUGGAGCGUCGAGGAUGCUGCGCGGCUGCAGCCUGGCUGGGUCUGGGCGUUGACUAUGGCGUCCAACACGUGCCAGAAGAGGUUGUCGGAAGAUAUGGAGCAGGCCAAGGAGGAAACGAGACGUCCGGCGUACUGGAGGAAUGUUCUUGGCGAGUUUAUGGCGAAUCUGGCGCAAUGA